CCAGAGCCUACUCUUGCCCGUCACCUGUGUAUAUAUUCUCCCUCCUUCAAUCGUUUUCGCAUCAGACAUAAGAAACACGAGUCCCUGAGUCCCUCUCACCUGCAGGGACUACGUAUCAUUAUCACUGCAGCGGGCGCUGCAUAAUCUGAACUGAGCUAGGGUUUCUGUUGAGAGAUAUAGGAGAGUGCACCUGUCUGUUCGAUUCUCCGCUUUUGGGUUCAGUAAACAGUAUCCGGAAAUGGUCAACAGGUAUGGAUUGUUUUGAUGUGCAAGCUUUACCAUGUUGCAUUGCUUAGACUGGGUUAAGCAUUUAUGUGCUCCCCUACUCGGCUGUUGUGAUCUUGAUAGACAACCGAGAGACCUGGAAGAUCCUGAAAUUCUUGCGAGGGAUACAGUGUUUAGUGUAAGUGAAAUAGAGGCACUUUAUGAGCUUUUUAAGAAGAUUAGCAGUGCAGUAAUUGAUGACGGGUUGAUCAACAAGGAAGAGUUUCAAUUGGCAUUAUUUAAGACAAACAAAAAGGAGAGCUUGUUUGCCGAUCGGGUAUUUGACUUGUUUGACACAAAACAUAAUGGCAUCCUAGGCUUUGAAGAAUUCGCCCGCGCCCUUUCUGUAUUUCAUCCAAAUGCCCCUAUUGAUGAUAAGAUUGAGUUUUCAUUUCAACUCUAUGACCUCAAGCAGCAAGGUUUCAUUGAGAGGCAAGAGGUGAAGCAAAUGGUAGUAGCGACCCUUGCAGAAUCUGGUAUGAACCUUUCAGAUGAUGUCAUAGAGAACAUCAUUGACAAGACCUUUGAGGAAGCUGAUACAAAACAUGAUGGGAAGAUUGACAAGGAAGAGUGGAGAAGUCUUGUUCUGCAGCAUCCAUCCCUAUUGAAAAAUAUGACCCUUCAAUACCUCAAGGACAUCACCACUACAUUCCCAAGCUUUGUAUUUCAUUCUCGGGUUGAAGAUACCUGAUACCGGUUCUGGAUUUGAGGAUUUCUGCAUCCUCGUUGCUAUUGCUUAGUACUUUCAAGGGAUGAAGAGAAAUGCAGCCCUUUUGUUUGUAGUAGGACCUGAUGGUAGUUCGGCAUUGUAUUCUUCAUUUUUCACAAUGAUUGCAGGUUGUGUAUUUUUUAUUUUUUUUUACCAAGAUUGUUGAUUGCGCAUGUGAGUGAUGUCUGUGGAUAAACAGUACUCCAUAUGGAGUAAAUUUUCAUACGUUGAGCUGUAUUAAGAUUUUUUUUCCCGAA